GCCUCGCGAGAGCGGGGCUUGGCUCCGGCCGCCGGUCCAUCAUGGCCGGCGCUGAGGGGAAGGCGGGCGUCGGCGGGCGAAGGGGACGCGAGGCACGGACCAGCCUGACGGCCUUCGUGCUAGGAAGCUCCGUGGCGGCUGUGCCGCUGCUGCUGUCGGCGCCUCCGCCGGCGCUGCUCUCCGGGCUGGGCUUCCAAGGCCGCGCUGCGCUGGCCCUUCAUGUGGCCGGAGUCAACGCUGCCCUCCUGCUGGCCUGGGGUCGCGCCCCGGGGGGCAUGUACCAGAUUGCCAUCCGUGCCUGCUUCUUGGGCUUUGCAUUCGGGUGUGGUUUAUUGCUCAGCUUCGGACAAUCUACGUGGAAGCAUUUUGGAUGGUAUAUGUGUUCGCUCUCAUUCUUCCAUUAUUCUGAAUACUUGGUGACAGCCGUUAACAACCCUAGAAGUCUCUCCUUGGAUUCUUUCUUGAUCAACCACAGCUUUGAAUACAACCUAGCUGCAAUCUCAUCCUGGGUUGAGUUCACCGUGGAAAAAUUCAUUUGCCCAGAGAUGAAGCAGAUCACUUGGCUGAGUUCAGCAGGGCUGCUCAUGGUGGUUUUCGGGGACUGUCUGAGGAAGGCCGCCAUGCUCACAGCUGGCUCCAACUUCAACCACAUUGUUCAGAAUGAAAAAUCGGAGACUCACACUCUCGUGACCAGAGGUGUUUAUGGCUGGUUUCGUCACCCAUCGUACGUGGGAUGGUUUUACUGGAGUAUCGGGACCCAGGUAUUGCUGUGCAAUCCAGUCUGCAUGGUGGGCUACACGCUGGCAUCCUGGCGCUUCUUCCGGGAGCGGAUAGAAGAGGAGGAGAUGACGCUGAUCCAUUUCUUUGGGGAAGAGUACCUGGCCUACAAGAGGAGAGUCCCUACAGGCUUGCCGUUCAUCAGAGGCGUGAAAGCAGAGCUAUGAAGGCCCCGGGGCUGGCAUUGAGCAGAAUGUGGGAGCUCCCAGCUCCAGGGGCCGCCUGGCCUGGCCUGUGCAGAAGAACAACGGUGACAUUCGUGCCGUGCCGGUACAGUAGCGGUCAGUUUUAAUACCUAGUGAGUUUCCUGGAGGUUUGUGAAGGGCUGGGCGGAAGCUCCAUACCUUAGGCAAAAAUAGAUGCCCUCCCUUGACGUAAGCGGGAGAAGGGACUGCCUGGAUGAUCAGAGCUGCACUGAAUCCUCAAGGCCGACUUUGGAAGCAAAACAAUUUUCGUCGCUCUGCCUCUUGCAGCUUUGAUGGACCAAAGCGCACCAAAGCAGAUUUCAAUGACAAGCUCGCCCUUUGAGUAACCACUAUUGCUCCCUGGAAGGGGUUUGGAUAGAAACUCACCUCUCUAGUCGAAAGUUUUUUUUUCUUUUUUAAAGCAAAGGGACCCAGCCCUUCCAGUUCUUCCCCCUCCCCUCAAACGCCGCCCCACCAAAGGGCAAGCACAGCACAGCUUUAACCUGUGGGCCUGAUCUCCUAAGCACUCUCCCAAGGCUGGGGUGGCAGGGGGUGGGGUCUGUUUGCAGCAGCCAGGCCCUCUGGUUCUAUCUUAAAAUGCAUGACUGCUGUCAAGAUUAACAAUGCAGGCAAAGAGAUCUCCCUUCCCUUUGCCCUUUUUCCAAACCAAGGCUUGCAUUACACCUCACAAACGAAUGAAAAAAGAGAAGUCUUUGCACCUAAAUGUUAUGGUCUCCUGUUUCUUUCACAGCCAUCUUGACGGCCCUCUGCCCUGGUUGAGCGGUCCUGUCUCACUCCUGCCGCUCAGCCUCACAACCUUUGUCUUCAUUCCACAUUUUUUGAUAAUGACCACCUCUCCCCCAGCCAGAAUCCUGCUUGUGAAGCAAAAGUUCUAAUUCUGUUUCUACAAAGUGCAAGGGGAUGGAUGCUUUUGACUUUGCAUACUGAACAAGUAUUACUUUCGCAAUAUAUAUUAAGUAAGCAGGAUGCACAUGACUGACUGGGAGAGACUUCCCUCGCACCCUCCCCGGCUGCCUUUUAAAAAAAUUUCUCACUGCACACUUUUCCAUUUUAAUAUACCAAAGAGAAGUUUAAUGUUUUUCUGUUCUACUGAUCUAUUUAUAAUGAAGAUGGGAAAUAAGAUGCUUGAAAACUGUGGCCAAAACUGGCAAAAUGGCAUUUCUGUCAUUUUGAGGGGCCAGUUGCCAUCUAGUUAUCAUUCUGUGUGUACCCAGCAAGAAUGAUUCUUUAAGCUGUCAUCUGUCUCCACUUUCCUUGAUUUGUAAAUGCAAAAUGGCCAAAAUCUCAAGCAAGCAGCUUUAAUUUCUCUUUUACUCGGUGACAUCCUUGCUUACAGAGGGGUGAGCAGCAGGCUUUUGUGCUUCUUUACUUGGGGCACUUUUUUGGGGAGGUGGGGAGGAGGAAGAAAAUGAGGCAGGUGCACUUAAGAGAGAGAGAGAAAAAAACAUAUUGCAAAAAUAGGUCCCAAACAAUUCUAUGCUUAGGAAAAGCUGGAUUCUACACCUCUGUAUAAAUUAAGACAGUCUACAUCAGGCACCCCCAAACUGUGGCCCUCCAGAUGUUUUGGACUGCAAUUCCCAUCAUCCCUGACCACUGGUCCUGUUAGCUAGGGAUCAUGGGAGUUGUAGGCCAAAACAUCUGGAGGGCCGCAGUUUGGGGGUGCCUGGUCUACAUAGUGUCCCCCAUUUCCUAUUGUACCUGUAGAGUCUGCUUUUAGCAUUGGAAAUUUCUGGUCAAUAUUUCCCCUGCUGUCCAGAGUUAGGUAGAAGCUCAGACAUUGUUCUUCUAGACGGCAUAGCCCAAGAGCUUCUGUUGACCUUAAUUCUUUAAUCUGGGAGCACGGCUGAGUUAAUUUUAGGUGUGUGAUGGAGAGACACAACUCAUGACUUGGAGCUUCAGGGCGAUUUGUUUCCUUGGUGGCUCGUUAAGAAUCAAGCAGAAUCUGAAAAAUUCUGUUCUGUUGCUUGUGAACGGUCAGGUGGCGAUUGAUAGCCCCUUGGUUGGCUUUGUGCAAAUGUCACAGUACAGCUUGGUGGGGGGACCUGUUGCACAGUUGACCUACUGCAACAGAAAGCUGUGAAGCUUCUUUCUUAUGUUGAGUCAGUCCAUUGACCCAUGUUUCCCAAUAUUUGCUUGCUCGGAUGGGGAAGAAGAUCUGGGGUGUAUAUUCGCCAUGAGAUGGGGUAUCGGUUGCAGAAAUCAGUGUCCCCAAGAAAAUCAGUUGUCGUAAAUAUAAAGGUUCCUAGUCCUUAUGGCUGCAAAAUGUGCUUUCAUGGUGGAGGAAGGGUGUGUCUGGUUGAAUUUCAAAAUCUAGGAAGUUGCUAAGGUUUUCAAGGGUCAGAUUCGGAUCUGUCUUGCACAGAGUGGAUCCACUGAAAUGAAUGGGUAUGUCUAAGGUCCCUUCAUUUCAAUGGAUCUGCACUUCGUUGGAUGAGGUUUGAAUUCCUUGCAUAGCAUGUGUGUGUUUUGCAAACCCUGCUUUGUACGGAAGGAGCUGCAGCUGAGGUAGUUCUGUUCUUUGCAUGCAGGAGGCCCCAUAUUCAGUCCACGGUUGGAGACUGUCCCCUCCCUGAAACCUUGGAUUGCUGCUGCCAGUCAGUGUAGACAGUACUGAGGUAGAUGUACCCAAAGAUCUGAAGCAGUAUCAGGUUGCACCCUAUGUUCCUACUUCAGACCUGUAGGCCCUCCCCGGUCAAAAUACAUGUCCAUAUCUGUAAUAUGCAGGGAAUAUCUGUAAUAUGCAGAAGCAAACUUGUUUUUUUAAGUAUGCACAUUUAAUCAAAUCAGUAUAAUUUGUAUGGAUUGUGGAAUACAACUUUUAUUAGAACAAAUUUUUGGAUGUAUAAUCCUAGCAUCAUUUUUAUAGAAAUCAUGGUAUACACACAGGUCUGCCUCCCCCUCUCCCCCACCCCCAGCUGCCCUGGUAACUAGCCAGUUUGUGUUACCAGGAGAAUAUCCUGAGAUUCCCUAUGAAAAUUAAUCAUGCUGUUCUUUGCUUUGUUACCUCGGAAGCUGAGAGGCAGUUGUUUACUUUCCAGUCCCCUUUGGAGCAGUCGGCUGGCAACCAGCCAAACAGAGGAUCAGUUCUGUUCUCUUGUAUUUUUAAAAGAAUAAUAAAAAAAUAUUUUUAAGUCUCUA